AUGUCUUUGGUCAAAUCCGCUGCUAACAAACUUGACUGGGCAAAAGUCAUCUCUUCUCUACGUAUAACAGGGUCGACUGCUACCCAAUUGUCAAGUUUCAAGAAGAGAAAUGACGAAGCACGUAGACAGCUACUAGAGCUACAAGGUCAAGCCACCGAGGUAGAUUUCAGUCAUUAUAGGUCUGUGUUGAAAAACUCUUCAGUCAUUGACAAAAUAGAAUCAUAUGUUAAGCAGUACCAGCCAGUUAAAAUCGAUGCCUCCAAACAAUUACAGGUGAUUGAAUCUUUUGAAAAGCACGCAAUGACCAACGCCAAGGAGACAGAAUCCCUGGUUUCCAAGGAGUUGAAAGAUUUACAAAGUACCCUAAAUAAUAUUCAAUCAGCAAGACCUUUCGACGAAUUGACCGUCGACGAUCUGGCAAAGAUCAAACCCGAAAUUGAUGCUAAGGUUGAAGAAAUGGUCAAGAAGGGCAAAUGGGACGUACCUGGUUAUAAGGACAAAUUCGGCAAUUUGAAUGUGAUGUAA